AUGGCAGUCAACACGACCACUAACCCGUCCCAGCUGCUGCCUCUCGAACUUGUUGACAAAUGUAUAGGCUCGCGGAUCCACAUCAUGAUGAAGAGUGACAAAGAGAUUGUUGGCACGCUGCUGGGCUUUGAUUACUUUGUCAAUAUGGUAUUGGAAGAUGUCACUGAGUUUGAGAUCACACCUGAAGGAAAGAGGAUCACCAAACUCGAUCAGAUCUUGCUAAAUGGAAACAACAUAAUAUUGCUGGUUCCUGGAGGAGAAGGGCCUGAAGUAUGAAGUUUCAAGGGAC